AUGAAACACGGCCCGCCUUUCUCAAUUACCACAUUGUUCGUACUUUCCUCAUGUGCUUUGGCUGUGUUGAUCUGCACCACAGAGGCUGCCAUUGAGCUACCAAGCAACGAGACAAUUCCAGCUGUCAUUAUGUUUGGAGACUCCAUCGCUGAUACGGGUAACAACAACGAUCUCGUGUCACUCACAAAAUGCAAUUUCCCCCCCUAUGGCAGGGAGUUCAAGGGAGGAAUACCAACUGGAAGAUUUUCCAAUGGCAAAGUUCCCUCAGACUUCCUAGCGGAAGAACUUGGAAUUAAAGAGCUCCUACCAGCAUUUAGGGACCCAACUUUGCAGCCUAAAGAUCUCCUAACAGGUGUAAGCUUUGCUUCAGGUGGCGCAGGAUAUGAUCCUAUGACCUCAAAUAUCGCGUCUGUGAUACCACUAUCCCAGCAGCUACAAGACUUCGAGCAAUAUAGAGGGAGGCUGAAAGGACUUGUUGGAGAAGAGAGGACAGACUUCAUAUUAGCCAAGAGUUUCACCUAUGUCGUAGCAGGCAGCAACGAUAUUGGCAAUACCUAUUUUAUUACUGGAAUUAGGAAAUUGCAAUAUGAUGUCCCUUCUUACACUGAUCUUUUGGUCAAUUUGGCUUCUAACUUUGUCAAGGAAUUGUAUGGAAUGGGAUCGAGAAGGAUUGGUGUUUUGGGUGCACCACCGAUAGGAUGUGUGCCAUCGGUGAGAACUUUGGCUGGGGGCUUAGGAAAAGAGUGUGCAGAGGAACCCAAUCAAGCUGCAAAAAUGUUCAAUGCCAAACUUGCUGCAGAGCUGCGUCGCCUUAGCAACAAUCUCCCUCACGCAAGGGUGGUUUACAUUGAUGUAUACAGCCCUUUGCUUGAUCUAAUAAAAAACUCGAACAAAUACGGCUUUGAAAUUGCAGAUAGAGGGUGCUGUGGUACUGGGACUGUAGAGUUAUCAAUACUAUGUAGCCAAUUGGACCCCCACACCUGUAAAGACGACUCCAAGUAUGUUUUUUUCGACAGUUAUCAUCCCACAGAAAAAGCAUACAAGACACUUGCCAAUCAGGUCCUCAGAAAAUAUGUCAAGAGCCUGCUUUGA